CAGGCCUGGCCACAGCAAAAUGAAAGCAACAGGAGCUACUACGGGAACAGCCUUUGCCACCAGCCAGAGUCAGUGCUCAGGCUCAGAAAUCCUGGAUAGAAAGAGCAUUUUAUAAAAGAGAAUGUGUUCACAUCAUACCCAGCACCAAAGACCCCCAUAGGUGUUGCUGUGGGCGUCUAAUAGGCCAACAUGUCGGACUCACUCCCAGUAUCUCUGUGCUUCAGAAUGAGAAAAAUGAAAGUCGCCUCUCCCGAAAUGACACUCAGUCUGAGAAGUGGUCCAUCAGCAAGCACACUCAGCUCAGCCCGACGGACGCUUUUGGAACCAUUGAGUUCCAAGGAGGUGGCCAUUCCAACAAAGCCAUGUAUGUGCGAGUAUCUUUUGAUACGAAACCUGAUCUCCUCCUACAUCUGAUGACUAAGGAAUGGCAAUUGGAGCUUCCCAAACUUCUCAUCUCUGUGCAUGGCGGCCUGCAAAACUUUGAACUCCAGCCAAAGCUCAAACAAGUCUUCGGAAAGGGACUCAUCAAAGCAGCCAUGACAACUGGAGCAUGGAUAUUCACUGGGGGAGUGAACACAGGUGUUAUUCGCCAUGUUGGAGAUGCCUUGAAGGACCACGCUUCUAAGUCUCGAGGGAAGAUAUGUACCAUAGGUAUUGCCCCCUGGGGAAUUGUGGAAAACCAAGAGGACCUGAUUGGAAGAGAUGUGGUCCGGCCAUACCAGACCAUGUCCAAUCCCAUGAGUAAGCUCACUGUUCUGAACAGUAUGCAUUCCCAUUUCAUUCUGGCUGACAAUGGGACCACUGGAAAAUAUGGAGCAGAGGUGAAACUCCGGAGACAACUAGAAAAGCAUAUUUCACUUCAGAAGAUAAACACAAGAUGCCUGCCGUUUUUCUCUCUUGACUCCCGCUUGUUUUAUUCAUUUUGGGGUAGUUGCCAAUUAGACACAAUUGGGAUCGGCCAAGGUGUCCCGGUGGUGGCGCUCAUCGUGGAGGGAGGACCCAAUGUCAUCUCCAUUGUUCUGGAGUACCUGCGCGACACCCCUCCAGUCCCAGUGGUUGUGUGUGACGGCAGUGGACGGGCCUCUGACAUCCUGGCGUUUGGGCAUAAAUAUUCGGAAGAAGGCGGGCUUAUCAAUGAGUCAUUGAGGGACCAGUUAUUAGUGACUAUACAAAAGACCUUCACGUACACUCGAACGCAAGCGCAACAUCUGUUCAUCAUCCUCAUGGAGUGCAUGAAGAAGAAAGAACUGAUUACAGUAUUUCGGAUGGGAUCAGAAGGACAUCAGGACAUUGACUUAGCUAUCCUGACAGCUUUACUCAAAGGAGCCAAUGCCUCAGCCCCAGACCAACUGAGCUUAGCGUUAGCCUGGAACAGAGUGGACAUCGCCCGCAGCCAAAUCUUUAUUUAUGGGCAACAGUGGCCGGUGGGGUCCCUGGAGCAAGCCAUGUUGGACGCCCUAGUUUUGGAUAGAGUGGAUUUUGUGAAAUUACUCAUAGAGAAUGGAGUAAGCAUGCACCGUUUUCUCACCAUCUCCAGACUAGAGGAAUUGUACAAUACGAGACAUGGGCCCUCAAAUACAUUGUACCACUUGGUCAGGGAUGUCAAAAAGCGAGAAUAUCCAGGUUUCGGUUGGAUCUAUUUUAAGGGAAACCUGCCCCCAGACUACAGAAUCAGCUUGAUUGACAUAGGCCUGGUGAUCGAGUACCUGAUGGGUGGGGCUUACCGCUGCAACUACACUCGCAAGCGCUUCCGGACCCUCUACCAUAAUCUCUUUGGCCCCAAGAGGCCUAAAGCCUUGAAACUGCUGGGAAUGGAAGACGAUAUUCCCUUGAGACGAGGCCGGAAGACCACCAAGAAGCGUGAAGAGGAGGUGGACAUCGAUUUGGAUGACCCAGAGAUCAACCACUUCCCUUUCCCUUUCCACGAGCUGAUGGUGUGGGCAGUCCUCAUGAAGAGGCAGAAGAUGGCCCUGUUCUUCUGGCAGCAUGGUGAGGAGGCCAUGGCCAAGGCCCUGGUGGCCUGCAAACUCUGCAAAGCCAUGGCUCACGAGGCCUCCGAGAAUGACAUGGUGGAUGACAUUUCCCAGGAGCUGAACCACAACUCCAGAGACUUUGGCCAGCUGGCUGUGGAACUCUUGGACCAGUCCUAUAAGCAGGAUGAGCAGUUGGCCAUGAAACUACUGACGUAUGAGUUGAAGAACUGGAGCAAUGCCACGUGCCUGCAGCUGGCUGUGGCUGCCAAGCACCGAGACUUCAUUGCACACACGUGCAGCCAGAUGUUACUCACCGACAUGUGGAUGGGCCGGCUCCGCAUGCGCAAGAACUCAGGCCUCAAGGUAAUUCUGGGAAUUCUACUUCCUCCUUCAAUUCUCAGCUUGGAGUUCAAGAACAAAGAUGACAUGCCUUAUAUGACUCAGGCCCAAGAGAUCCACCUCCAGGAGAAGGAACCAGAAGAACCAGAGAAGCCCACCAAGGAAAAAGAAGAAGAAGACAUGGAACUGACAGCAAUGUUGGGACGAAACAGUGGGGAAUCAUCCAGGAAGAAAGAUGAAGAAGAAGUUCAGAGCCGGCACCGGUUAAUCCCCCUGGGCAGAAAAAUCUAUGAGUUCUACAACGCACCCAUCGUCAAGUUCUGGUUCUACACUCUGGCCUAUAUCGGAUACCUGAUGCUCUUCAACUAUAUCGUGUUAGUGAAAAUGGAGCGCUGGCCUUCCACUCAAGAAUGGAUCGUCAUUUCUUAUAUUUUCACCCUGGGAAUCGAAAAAAUGAGAGAGAUUCUGAUGUCAGAGCCGGGCAAGCUGCUGCAGAAAGUGAAAGUGUGGCUGCAGGAAUACUGGAACGUCACCGACCUAAUCGCCAUCCUUUUGUUCUCCGUGGGAAUGAUCCUGCGGCUUCAAGACCAGCCCUUCAGGAGUGAUGGCCGCGUCAUCUAUUGUGUGAACAUCAUUUAUUGGUACAUCCGUUUACUAGACAUCUUCGGCGUGAACAAGUAUCUGGGUCCUUAUGUAAUGAUGAUUGGGAAAAUGAUGAUAGACAUGAUGUACUUUGUCAUCAUCAUGCUGGUGGUGCUGAUGAGCUUCGGGGUCGCCAGACAAGCUAUCCUCUUUCCCAAUGAGGAACCAUCAUGGAAAUUGGCCAAGAAUAUCUUCUACAUGCCCUACUGGAUGAUUUAUGGGGAAGUGUUUGCAGACCAGAUAGACCCUCCCUGCGGACAGAAUGAGACCCGAGAAGACGGCAAGAUCAUCCAGCUGCCGCCCUGCAAGACAGGGGCAUGGAUCGUGCCAGCCAUCAUGGCCUGCUACCUCUUAGUGGCUAACAUCCUACUGGUCAACCUCCUUAUCGCUGUCUUUAACAACACAUUUUUUGAGGUGAAGUCGAUAUCCAACCAAGUGUGGAAAUUUCAGCGGUAUCAGCUCAUCAUGACCUUCCACGAGAGGCCGGUCCUGCCUCCACCGCUGAUCAUCUUCAGUCACAUGACCAUGAUAUUCCAGCACCUGUGCUGCCGAUGGAGGAAACACGAGAGUGACCCAGAUGAAAGGGACUAUGGCCUAAAACUCUUCAUCACCGACGAUGAACUCAAAAAAGUACACGAUUUUGAAGAACAGUGUAUAGAAGAAUAUUUCAGAGAAAAGGAUGAUCGCUUUAACUCAUCCAACGAUGAGAGGAUUCGAGUGACAUCAGAAAGGGUAGAGAACAUGUCCAUGCGGCUGGAGGAAGUCAACGAGCGAGAACACUCCAUGAAGGCUUCGCUCCAGACCGUGGACAUCCGGCUGGCGCAGCUUGAGGACCUCAUCGGGCGUAUGGCCACAGCCCUGGAGCGCCUGACGGGUCUGGAGCGAGCGGAGUCCAACAAAAUCCGCUCGAGGACCUCCUCAGACUGCACCGAUGCAGCCUACAUCGUCCGCCAGAGCAGCUUCAACAGCCAGGAGGGGAACACCUUCAAGCUCCAAGAAAGUAUAGACCCUGCAGGUGAGGAGACCAUAUCCCCAACUUCUCCAACUUUAAUGCCCCGUAUGCGAAGCCAUUCUUUCUAUUCAGUCAAUAUGAAAGACAAAGGUGGUCUAGACAAGUUGGAAAGUAUCUUUAAAGAAAGGUCCCUGAGCCUACACCGGGCCACUAGUUCCCAUUCAGUAGCAAAAGAAUCUAAAACUCCUACAGCCCCUGCAAACACCUUGGCCAUUGUUCCAGAUUCCAGAAGACCAUCGUCGUGCAUAGACAUCUACGUGUCUGCCAUGGACGAGCUCCACUGUGACACAGACCCUCUGGACAGUUCCGUGAACAUCCUCGGGCUGGGUGAGCCGAGCUUUUCCGUUCCAGCACCUUCCACAGCCCCUUCAAGCAGUGCCUAUGCCACCCUGGCACCCACAGACAGACCACCGAGCAGGAGCAUCGAUUUCGAAGACAUCACCUCCAUAGACACUAGAUCUUUCUCUUCAGAUUACACCCACCUUCCAGAAUGCCAAAACCCCUGGGACUCGGACCCCCCAACAGGUCCCACCAUUGAGCGCUCCAAGAGUAGCCGCUACUUGGCCACCACGCCCUUUCUUCUAGAAGAGGCCCCCAUGGUGAAGUCUCACAGCUUUAUGUUUUCCCCUUCGAGGAGUUAUUAUGCCAGCUUUGGGGUGCCCAUGAAGACAGCAGAAUACACAAGCAUUACGGACUGUAUCGACACCCGGUGCGUCCAUGCCCCGCAAGCGAUCGCCGACAGAGCCACCUUCUCCGGAGGAGGUCUGGGAGACAAAGUGGAGGACUUAACAUGCUGUCAUCCCGAGCGAGAAGCAGAACUGAGUCACCCUAGCUCUGACAGUGAAGAGCACGAGGCUCGAGGCCGAAGGGCUGUCCUGGCUGUGUCCUCCCAGGAGGGUGACAUUUCCGACAGAACCCUGGCCAACAACAUCACAGUUCCCAAGAUUGAGCGAGCCAACAGCUACUCAGCAGAGGAGCCAAGCGCGCCAUAUGCACACACCAGGAAGAGCUUCUCCAUCAGUGACAAGCUCGACAGGCAACGGAACACAGCAAGCCUACGAAAUCCCUUCCAGAGGAGUAAGUCCUCCAAGCCUGAGAGCCGAGGGGACAGCCUGUCCAUGAAGAGACUGUCCAGAACAUCGGCUUUCCACAGCUUCGAAAGCAAGCACAACUAAAUCUUCUUACUGUGUGUUGCAGGAGGCUCGAGAAGCUAGCCCGAAAAUUCUUCCCCAAAUGUCACCUCUCCCCCCCCAUGACCUCCACCCCCCCCCACCCACCCACUCUGCUUGAAUCAUUUCACUUUAUUCUUAGCUGAACAAAACAAGCAAUGCAUUAGGGAGAUGUUCCCACCAAGGUGACUUCUGGGCCUCAGACCCAGUGCCAAACACAAGGGGAGUUAAAGCAUGUUCACACCUGUUGGGUAGGGAGGGGAAGAUAGGGGAGUAGCAAGGGUAGAGGUGAAGGUGUAUUGCCAGUUACUACAGAAAAGCCAUGAGCUCUAGGGGGUUCAAACACUCACCAUGCCAGGAGGCAUCUUAUGAUUAUGAGGAUUUUUUUUUCUUUUACUCAUUAUCAAGAGUUGAGAAUGCAGAGCUGAAUUGCAAAAUAAAAUAAAAUAGCCAGCAUACAAAAUGAGAUAUUCUAAACUUCAAUUCUGUUUUCUUUUCGCAUUCGCUCCACCACUGGUGACUGAUGAAGAGCAUCCUUUUUAUUCAGUAUAAACCGGCAGCAAGCAGUUCUACCUAACGCCUCACAUGCUUCUCAGGCCAACACUUCUGUAAUUGGUCAUUAUAAAGAAAAAAACAAGGUAACAGUCA